AUGGCCUAUCUUUUGGGACUACUCUUCUUUAAUCUUUCAGGGUCCUGGGCCCAGGUGCAGCUGGUGGAGACAGGAGGUAAAUUGACUUAUGAGGGCCAGAACUUGACCCUGACCUGUACAGCCUCAGGACUCCGCUUUAAGGACUUUUCCUUUUCUUGGCACUGGAGCCCACCUGGAGGGACUAAGGAAUUUGUGGCCAGUAUCACUGCUGGGUUAGGUAACAAAAAGGAAUACAAGAAGAGCAUUCAAGAUAGAGCCUUCAUUUUCAGGAACAAUGAGGCUGGUACAGUCUCCCUGACUCUGCGCCAUCUGCAGAAGGAGGACUCAGGCAUUUACUACUGUGCAAGACUCACCGUGUUGAAACCUAGGUGGGACGAUUUUGGGCCAGGAACAGAAGUAUCUGUGUUUCCACGAGAUAAGAUCCAGUUGAAAGAAUUAGGAGGAGGUCCUUACCCUCGCAGUCUGACCUUGCGCCUCAAAUGCCUAACUUCUGGCUUCCAAUUCAAGACAAGCAUAUUAGGCUGGUACCUUUGGGACCCUGGACAUGCCCCUCGGUGGCUGUCUAGCCUUGACCAUACAUCUUCAAAAACCAACGAACAUCGUAUAAUUUCCUCCAGAGAGGACAACAGCAGCCAGAUUUUUCUUCAGAUUAAAGGCCUGGGCCUUGGGGACUCUGGCCAUUAUCACUGUGCAAGAAGGGUGGGUGAUGGAAGUGACACAGACAAGCUGGUCUUUGGCCCUGGGACAGAUGUGACUGUGGAGCCUGGACCUCGGGCCCCUCUGUCACCCAGUGUGUUCCUGGUAAGGAGUCAGGAUGCUGUGGCCUGCUUGAUCAGUGACUACUAUCCCAAGGAACUCCAUGUGUCCCUGGCCUCCCCUAAGGCCUCAGUCUCAGCCCAGGCCUUCACUGUGACUCCCACAGCCCAUGGCACCUACAGUGCCAUCCAGAUUGGCAGGAUUGGUGAGAAUGACUCAGUAACCUGCUCAGUGCAGCACCUUGGGAAAGAGACCCUUGUGUCCUUCCAGCCAGACCUUGUGAAGUUGCAACCAUCCCAUCCUGAUCAGGAGUUUACAGAACUCAUGCAGAGGAAUAAGCUACUCUUCAUUGUCCUGAGCCUGAGACUACUGUUUAUGAAGAUUAUAGCCAUUAGUGUCCUGUUCACAACCAUAGCUUUGAUCUUCUAAGGUGGUGAUUUAACCUCACCCUUUCUUCUCCUACAGCUCUUCUCUUUUGAUCCCCUAUCUCUUUUGAUAAUUCUUAUCUCCUACCUGUUCUCUUGUGCUUCCAUUCUUCCCUUACCCUUUGUAAGUUUGUGGAUAAAUUUCAGGAGGUUUUUUUUUUUAAAUUUAUUUUUAAAACAUUUUGAUAGCUGCAUUUCUGAAUAACUGGUUUCUUUUUAAAUCUUAUGUUUUUUAUUUUAUGCAUUUAAAAAUAUUGUUCUGACAAGGGCCCCUUAGGUUUCACCAGACUAUCAAAAGGCCAUGACAGAAAAAAUGUUAAGAACACUUAUAGCAAUUUGGACAUUAUAGAGCUGUAGUUUCAUGUGCAGUUCUCUCUCUCUGUCUCUCUGUAUUCCCCCAAGUUAUAGAAAUUACUGUUUUAUUUCUUAAGUUCAGAAUGAAAAGAAACAAAACACUUGUCUUUGACUCUUUCAUUAUAGGAAUACUAUAAUAUUCCUAAAGCCAGACUUUAGGAUCAUUGUCAGAUUGUUAGAACAAUAGCCAGCCCCUGGUCCUUCCAGUGCCCCCAGGAGAGAUUAGGUCCGGUGGCAGUAAAGACUCCACCAACAGACCCCUAGUUGGCUACAGUGGAGAAUCUGGUUUGAAACCCUGUGGAGAGAUCAGGAUCUCCCAGGUUCCAAGGAGUCUAGAGAGGACCCAUCUUCCCAGGAUGAGAGAAGCAACACUAUUCAAGGGCAAAUCAACUCCCAUUGAUCUUUUUGAAAUUCUAAAUUCUCAUUCAAUUGAGAAAUUCUGGUCUGAUCAGCUCAGGUUAUCCCAGCCCCCCCACCAAGAUACUUGUACAACAAGCUUCCUUCAGCUCAAUUCCUUGCAGAGGGCCAGGCAGUUUGCUAGGACCCUGCCCACUGAGCAUUCUAAGUGUAAGAUUCCAUUUCCCUGAUAGGGCUCUGCCGCUAUAGAAGUCAGUCUCUUAGCAAACUGGUUUCUAUCCAACAAUAAACUUUCAUUUUGCAAUUAAUAA